GAGUUUGUGAAGGUGCAGUGAGUGUGAAUAAUCAUGAAAUGGUGGAUAAGGUGCAUCAGUAUCCUGGGGUUAAUCCCACUAAUCGCAGACAGCUUCCAGGUGCGAUACAAUGGGGACCAAAUGCUCCAACUCCUUCCUAGGGAUUUCGAACAGGUGCACUUUCUGAGACAACUCGUGGAAAACGACUGGAUUGAUUUAUGGAGGCCCCAGAUCCUGGAGGGAAUUCAACCUCAGGGUGAGGUUCAUGCUCGGGUUCCAGCCUCAGCACUUGGCACAGUCAGAGGUGAACUGGAGAAAAGGGCCAUUCAAUACAAUGUUUUGACAGAAAAUAUUCAAGAUCUCCUGGACAGUCAAGUACAGAGGGAAGAUAAGCAGCCUUUUAAUGUACACAGUUACACCAAGUAUCACCCAAUGGAAGAGAUAUACCAGUGGAUGGAGCAAAUGAAGGAAAGCUAUAAGGAGUUGGUGACACAGCAUCUACUGGGGAUAACUUAUCAGAAACGGCCGAUGUAUUAUCUGAAGAUCAGUAGAAAAUCCGACCAACCCAAGAAGAUUAUCUGGAUGGAUUGCGGAAUUCAUGCCAGGGAGUGGAUUGCUCCUGCUUUCUGCCAGUGGUUUGUGAAGGAGGUACUGGAGACCUACACUGCAGACCCUCAAACAGAUCGCUUCCUCCGACACAUUGACUUCUACGUUCUGCCAGUCCUGAAUAUUGAUGGCUACAUUUACUCCUGGACAACAGACCGUUUAUGGAGAAAAUCCAUGUCUCCAUGCGAUAACAGCACUUGUUUUGGAACUGAUCUUAACAGGAAUUUUGAUUCGCAAUGGUGCAGUGUUGGAGCUUCAAGAAACUGCUGUUCCAACACCCACUGUGGUUCAGCACCAGAGUCUGAACCAGAAACCAUUGCAGUUGCUACUUUUCUCCGUGACCAUCUGCAGGAUACUUUGUGCUACCUGACCAUUCACUCCUAUGGACAGCUGAUUCUUACUCCAUAUGGGUACACAAACACAACGGCCUACAACCACAAGGAAAUGAUGACGCUUGGAGAAAAAGCAGCCGAUGCUUUGGAGCGGAAACAUGGGACCAAGUUCAAAGUGGGGCCUUCCUCGUGGAUCCUCUAUUAUUCAUCUGGCUCCUCACGGGACUGGGCAAGCGAUGUUCGGAUAGACUUUUCCUAUACGUUCGAGCUCCGAGACAAUGGGACCCAUCAGUUCCUGCUCCCAGCGGAUCAGAUCCAGCCAACCUGUGAGGAAACCAUGGCAGCUGUGACAACCAUCAUUGAGCACGUUCAUGACAAACACUUCCCAAACUCCUCUCCGACCAUUGUCGCUCUGUGGUCGGUUGUGCUGACCCCGUGCUUAUUAAGCAUGUACUUUGUGGAUUCCUUGUAGGAAACAGAAGGUCGACAGAUAACCUGGUAGGCCUAUUUAAAUAACAAAGGAUUUCCAUUAGGUUUGAUGCAGAAAAGAUGACUUUGUGGAAGCAA